AUGGAACCUGAAAUCGGUGAACCCAAAAAAGGAGAAAAUCGGGAAUGUUCCGAUCCCGUUACUGUUCUGUAUCAAAAGCAAGUGAAGAAACACAGACCAAGGCAACCAAAGAAGCAGCAGUUACAACAACUCGUAUUGUUGUUUGCUGAAAAGGGUUACAGGCUAGGACAGGAAAUUGGAAACGGUAGUUACUCUCGGGUCAGGAUUGUGAAGAAGAUUUCGGAUGGUGAAAUGUAUGCUGCUAAGAUUAUAAAACGGAAGAACACCUCCAGUUUUUUGUCCAAUGAACUAACUGCAGCUAUAAAACUCGACCAUCCCAAUAUCAUUAAAUAUAGUGAAAUAAUUAUUCUUCCUCAUGCAACUAUUCUUAUUAUGGAAAACGCAGCCUUGGGUGAUCUCUUGUCAUACACCAAAGAUCAUGGUGCCUUCCCUAACCAGGAAGCGAAGGUCAUGUUUAGACAAAUAACUUCAGCUGUGCAGUACCUUCAUCAACAAGGCUUUGUGCAUCGCGAUUUGAAACUUGAGAACAUUUUAGUUAGAGGUGAUUCCUCAUUAGUAUUGAGUGAUUUUGGAUUCACUCGAAAGGUAGAAACUAGUGGUGAAACUGUCAGUAAAACGUUCUGUGGAAGUGCAGCUUAUGCUUCACCAGAAGUUCUUCAAGGUAUACCUUAUGAUCCAAAACAGAACGACGUUUGGAGUUUGGGAUGUAUCCUUUAUAUUCUGGUUUGUGGAAAGAUGCCGUUCGAUGAGACAGAUCUUUUAGCUAUGAUCAAGAAACAACUAAUGCACCAAAUCGCUGUUCCUUUAGAUGAUCUAAUAGUAGUUCACCAACAAUGCCAGAACCUGAUUCGCAGUCUCCUUCAUCCAGAUCCCCAGACAAGACCCACACUUGAUGCUGUAUUAGACUCUAAUUGGUUAUGUUCUGGUACAGGAGGUGAUCAUGUUACAUCUAAAACUGGUACACAAUCUCAUGCUAUUUCUCUUCUUAGUUGA